GACGGCCGGCGCAACCAGUCCGGCGAGAAUGACCCUAUGACUCUGCUCAGCAUGGCUGACCUUGCGUCCGCGUACCGCGAGCAGGGCCGGUGGAAGGAGGCCGAGAGCUCGGGGAAGCGGGUGCUGGCGACACAGAGGGAGGUUCUAGGAGAGAAGAACACUGCGACUCUGAGCACUAUGGCAGGCCUCGCGUGGACGCACCGAAAGCAGGGCCGGUGGGACGAGGCGGAAACGAAUGGCUCCAAGGCCUUGGCUCUGCAACGGGAACUCCAUCCUCUGGUACUGGAAGCCAUAACCCUGCUAGCAUCCCUUUACAGGAACCAAGGCCGAUACGCCGAGGCUGAGAGUCAUGGGGUAUGGGUCCUGGACUGCCAGAAAAAGGUUCUUGGAGAUGAGCACCUUGCCACUCUCGACAGUAUGGCUAGUCUUUCGCGGACGUAUAGAGAACAAGGCCGCUUGGAAGAGGCCGAGAGUCCAGCCCAGCAGGUUAUCGCUGUCCGCAGGCGUCUCCUCGGCGAUGAGCACCUGCGUACCUUGUCCAUUCGAUAUCAGCUCGCGUGGAUAUACAGAAAGCAAGGGCGUCUGGAUGAGGCGGAGAGGUUGACACGGCAGGUCGUUGAGUUUGAUCAAAGGGUGCUGGGCGAGGAACGCCCCCUGGCCCUGCACAGCCUGUACGGCCUGUCCCAGACCUUGACGUUACAGGGGCGUUGGGAGGAAGCUCAGAAUCUGGGCGAAGACCUCCUGGAGGUGCAGAAGAGAGUACUUGGAGAAGAGCACCCAUGGAUGUUGGAAAAUAUGGCCAACAUCGCCAUCACGUACCGGAAGCAGGGGCACUUGAGAGAAGCCGAGACCCUUGCCAAGCGAGUAAAUGAGAUACAGACGAGGGUGUUUGGCCAGGAUCAUCCAUGGCUGCAGAAGAGUCUGGAGACCCUAGCACGGACCUUGAAGGAUAUGGGGGAUUGGAAGGGGGCUGAGGAUCUAGGGAAGCAGGUGCUAGAAGCUAGGGCGAAAGUCCUCGGGGGGGACCAUCCGUCUACUAAACGCAUGGCAGGCUUCUUGGCUAAGCUAGAUGAGACGAGGAGCUAA